GCCUCUUACUGAAAUCGAGUCAUCUGUUUCGGACUUAUUUCAAGCUUCUCGUUGUUAGAUGACACCACCAAUACUGUGGGGUCCACACAACUGCUCCCAGGCAGGUUCGGCUCCACGGUUUUAGAGCGUUGUACGACACUUAAAGAGCGCGUGAUCCCUCCAGUGCUCCAAAAAGUUCGCGCCAUGAGCAAUAAGUCCCGUGCGAGCUCCGCCAAGGAGCGCAGCGUCUUCGGUACGUCUCCAGACUGAGUGCAACCUGCGCCAUCUUCUCCAGUUGCGUCUCAGUUGCCUUCCUCAGCUUUUUCCGCUUCUCAACCCCCCUCCAGUCGCCUCUAACAUCAAUUUGCCCGUGCUGUCCACUCCUUUGAUGCUUUCAUUCAAACUUCUCAGUCGGAAACAUCCCAUACGAUGUGACGGAGGACAUGCUCAAGGAAAUCUUCUCGGAGGCAGGCUCAGUCAUGAAUUUUCGGCUUGUGACAGACCGAGAGACCGGCAAACCCAAGGGCUAUGGCUUCUGUGAGUAUGCGGACGGAGCGACGGCUCUGAGUGCCAUGCGCAACCUCAACGGAUACGAGAUCAACGGCCGGAAUCUCCGCGUGGACUUUGCCGACGGCGGGGAUAAAUCCAACAGUGCAGAGAGGAAACGACACGACAAUGGCGGCAACACACGUCCAGGUUCUGGCGGAGGAAACUUCAGAAACGGAGCGGAUGGGGGCCCUCCGACGAUGGUGACGGGGGAAAUGGCGAUCCAUUCCAUCGAGUCGGCGAUAGCUCGUUUGGGACCUGUCAAACUCUACGACAUGUUAGUGCAACUCAAAGAACAUGCAAGACAGAAACCGGAAGUGACCAAGAGCAUCUUGAUGGCGAACCCAGCACUCACUCACGCUAUCGUCCAGAGUUUCAAGACGCUUCAGAUCCCCAUUCCGUCGUCCACCGAGACUCAGCCAGUGCUGCUGGCUCCUCCUCCUAUGAUGCACCAGCCUCCACCGAUGGCUGGAAGGAUGAUACCGCCUCCUCCACGUCCACCGAUGAGUGGACCCAUGGGGCCUGGGCCUGGCAUUCUGGGCUUGGCACCUCCCGGUGUCCAACCCGCUAUGAUGGCUCCUCAUCCUGCUUCAGCACCAACCAAGUCUGGUGGUACUCGUUGGAGUGCUCGUCCUGGACCUUUGGCCACUCAGGGGGCUAGUGCUGCUAUGGCUAAUAGACCAGGAGUUGGUAUCCCUUCUACGAGCCCAAUGCACGCCCAACCACAGCCAGGUUUAAUGCCCACACCACCAGGCGCACCUCAGCCUAGUGGUCCCCCCAGUAGUAAUUUGGCGCAUGCGAAUCGGGAUCCGAGACGUGCAGGAAGAGACCCACGUUUGGCGAAGAGACCGUAUCCCAAUGAACAACCAGGACUGAUGCCGACACCUGGAGAGAACGACCCAUCGAAGCGAGCCAAACCCAGCGAAGCUGCACCCUCUGGACAAUUCGAUGCCAUCGCCGAACUCGCGCGCGAUAUGACCCCGCAAAAACUGGAUAUGCUGCCGCCGAACGAGCGACAAAUGCUUUUGGCCUUCAUGCAGCAGAAUAACAUCCCGUUUUGACGGAGAGAGGCAGAAGAAAUGUCCAUGAUAGCCAUAGGCUGAGUAUUCUACGGUUCAAUAAUCCGUGAAAUUAGUUGCAGUUUUCAACAACACCUAGUUGCUUCUGGUAGUGUGCAAUUGCAAUUGCAAUUGACAAUAUCAGUAGGUAUGAGAACGGAACACUCAAUAUUGCUAAAAAAAAAUAUGGAGCUCUUUUAUCAUCUA